AGCAAGAGAGAGUUUUCUUUUAGCCUUGGGAAGAUGCUUAAAAAGGAGAGUAUCACUCUGCCAGAGGUGAAAAACCAGCGAGAGCUCAGACAGCAAACACAGAGGAUAGUGAUAUGGCCUGGGUUGUUCUUGUAAUCUACUUUCAUAUCACAGUUUUCCUUUUUAUUAUGGAUACAGGACAUGCCACUGAAAAUUAUACCAGGAGGAUGGAAGCUACAGCUGCAGGAGAUAUCAUCAUCGCAGGAAUCUUUCCCAUUCAUGAGGAUGUACACAAAAAAAACAACUCUUUCAUACCACAACAACCCAGCUGUCUCAGGUUUGACGAAAGACGCCUGAUUUUGGCUCUGGCUAUGAUCAAUGCUAUCGAGGUCAUGAAUAAGUCCCCUCUGCUCAAGGUUGUGAACGUCACUCUGGGUUACCUAAUCGUGGACUCUUGCAGUGAUCCCAGCACAGCUCUGAGGCUCACAGGAGACUUCAUGCAGCGGGACAACUGCUACACAGAGAGCAACACCUCUGCCUGUGGACAGCCAGUCAUGGCUGUUAUAGGUGCCUCUUACUCUGAAGUAUCCAUUGCCAUCGCCAGGCAACUGACACUCCAGAUGAUUCCUCAAGAACACACUCAUGCCUCCACUAUCCUUAGUGUUGAGAUGGUUGUCAGCGCCAUUACUCAGACUGUGGCUUCUGUCUGCAGGAGCAGAGACUGCAAAACACCAGGCACAAUGCAACCCUGGGAGCUGCUGAAACCUCUGUUAUUGCAAGAGUUUAAAUUUCGAGUAAAAACAUAUAAGUUUGACGGCAGCGGUGACAUCAACCUGGGCUACGACCUGAAAAUGUGGUGCUCAGAUGGAGGAAAUAAUCAUAUCACUGAGGUUGUGGCUGAAUACAACCUAAACACCAACAACUUCACUUACACCAAUGUGAGCACCCAGCACCUCCAGGACCUGAAGGACAUCAUCUCCAAGUGCUCCAAUAGCUGCGUCCCUGGAGAGUUCAAAAAAACCGCCAAAGGUCAACACACCUGUUGUUAUGAGUGCAUCAACUGUACUGCGAACUACUACUCGAAUAAAACAGAUAUGGAUCAGUGUCUGAGCUGUAACAUAAGCAGAGAGUGGUCAGCAGAGGGCAGCUCCAGCUGCACCCCCAAAGUCGUGCUCUUCUUCUCCUGGCAGGACAGAUUUGCUGUGGUGCUCCUGAUCUUUUCUGCCCUGGGUAUCAUCCUGGCUGUGAUGGUGUCAGCUCUGUUUUUACAUCAGCGCGACACUCCUGUAGUGAAGGCUGCCGGAGGGCCACUGAGCCAGGUCAUCCUAUUCUCUCUGGUCAUCAGUUACAUCAGCGCCGUGCUGUUUGUCGGUCGGCCCAACAGUUUCCAGUGUAAGGCUCGACAGGUGCUCUUCGGUAUCAGCUUCACUCUGUGCGUCUCCUGCAUCCUGAUCAAGACCCUGCAGAUCCUGCUGGCCUUCCAGUUCAACCCUGCACUGCAGGAGGUUCUGCGGAGGCUCUUCAAGCCUUACGUCAUGGCCAGCCUCUGUGUGGCCUUGCAGGUGAUUAUUUGUAUCUGCUGGCUAGUCCUCAAGAGCCCAUUUCAUCAAAUCGUCAUGCAACCAACCACUUUGCUGGAGGAGUGUCACGAGGGCUCAUAUUUGGCCUUCGGGGUGAUGUUGGGCUACAUAGCUUUCCUAGCAUUUGUGUGUUUCAUCUGUGCCUUCAAAGGCCGCAAACUUCCCCAGUUCUACAAUGAGGCAAAGUUCAUCACCUUCAGUAUGCUGCUCUACCUUAUCUCCUGGAUGCUCUUUGUUCCUGUCUACGUUACCACCUCAGGAGUUUACCUUUCGGCUGUGGAGAUGGUGGUCAUUCUCAUGUCCAACUAUGGCAUCCUCAGCUGCCAUUUCUUACCAAAGUGCUACGUUAUCAUUUUCAGGAAGGAACAAAACACCACGAGUGCUUUCAGAAACAAUGUGUAUCAAUAUUCCAGCAAAACCUCUGAUUCUAUCUCCGUAUCUGGGAGUUCAGUGUCAGAGAAACAGUCUAUCGGUCGGGACUUCAUCUGUGCUCUGCCACCCUCUCUACCUGCAGCUGGUUACCUCGAAUAUGGAGUCGUGACAAAGGGAACGAGCUGCACAAGUUUACACAGAGGUCCAGCAACACAACACUUCCUCAGAAGAAGCAGCAUAUAACUGUCAUUAUUUAAAAUGGGUUGUGAGGAGGGACGCAGCUAUUUGACUUUUUAGUUGUAGUUGUCCCACUUUAUCAAACAUGAUUGAUAAUGUGGGACAGCAUGCUUUGGGUAAUCUAGGACAGUCACUUAAUUUUCUAGAAGGUGUAAUGUGCAUUUAGGGUCUUCCUGGAAUAAAAAAAAAGAUAAACUACAGAGGUGUAGUGUAAUGUCAGCAGUUGUCAGACAGGAGUUAAUGGUAAAUACAGUUUGUCCCUGUCUGUUUAAACUGAUUGUCUGGUUAGCAAACUAGCACAUAAUCAGUCAGCUCUCUAAAACAGAGAUGAUCCAAAAAGAGUUUGUCCUGUGUUCUGCAGUCACUGGUUUCACCAAACAUGUGGAGAAGACAAUGGGGUGAUCGAUGAUGAGUCUUUUACCUGCAAGGACUGUCUGUUCCCUGAGUCGCCCAAAUGGAAUGACAAAUUACUGAAUGAAUAAUCUGUUAUUGUUACUUUUGCUUGCUGUUGAUUGAAGUCACUAGAUUUUUAAAAAACCUUUUAUAGAAAGGUUUAAAUUAGAGUGACCUGUCCCAGAUUCAGGGUGAAUUUUCUUUUUUGGCAUAAAGAACUGUUUUUCUGAGAUAAUUAUCUUGGAUAUUCCGAGAUAAGUUUUCAUUUAACAAAAUAAAUAAAAAUAAAACCCUGAUAGAACAUGUAUUUUGUUUUAUUCAUUUUAUUAUUUUCAAUUUUAAUACUUUUAUCAAGUACAUUAUC